UCGCCUCUGGUGUCAGUGCACGGUGGUGCAUGCCGGAUGAGCCUGGUGAAGGUGGUGGUGCUGGGCGCGCCGGCGGUGGGCAAGACAUCCAUCAUCCACCAGUUUGUGUGGAGCGAGUUCAGCGAAACAUACGUGCCCACCGAGAGCCGACGCACUUACCACCCGUCGGUGGUGGUGAACGGACGCCUCUACGACUUGCAGGUGACGGACCUUCCCGUGGUGCCGUACUUCCCGGCCAACUCGUUCUACGAGUGGAGCGACUUCCGCUACUGCGGCCUGCGCAGCGCGUCCGCCUACGUCCUCGUGUUCGAUCUGAAUGCGCCGGAGACCUUCCAGUACGUGAAGAACAUGCGCGAGCAGAUCGUCGAGUCGCGCAACAUGCAGGGCGUGCCCGUCUUUGUGGUCGGCAACAAGCACGACCUGGGCGAACCCCGCGAGCACCGCGAAGUGGCCGGCCUCGUCAAGAAGCACUGGCGAUGCGGCUACGUCGAGUGCUCGGCCAAGUACAACUGGCACGUUGGUCUGCUCUUCCGAGAGAUUGUGCGAGCCCUGGACGAUGGGGGAGGACUCGGUGCGUGGGGAGCCGGCGACCAGGGUCGAAGGGACCGCUGUCGCAUCCUAUGACGCCGGCGAUCGGCGUUGGUGUGAACGAGCAAACAUUGCUUGCAGGCCACGAAUACCCUUCGCUGCGAUGAAAGACCGAACUUGGGGGCAGGGAUCAGUUUUACUUCUCUGUAGCCAGGGCCAGGAAAGCGAAGUGUUCUCGAAUUUUUAUUGCAAAAGAAGCACCAGUAACUAAUGUCACCGGGAGGUAUGUAUAAAAUAAGCCGGUGUCUAAUUUUCUUUGUUAUGAGGGAAGAAAAACUGAAAAGACACGACGAAAACAUUCUCACUAAGCACUAAGGUACUACUAACACUGGUUUAUGUUGGUGGUAUCGACGCCUGCUUUUGCGAAGGUGCGACAUACUCAUAAGCAAUUCCCCCAAUUGGCAACUACAAACAGCACUACACACACUACUCUACUCCUGUCAACCUGCUCAUCACGAUCUACUGUGACUUUGGAUUCCUGCACACAGGGAAUCGGUGUGCGUGAACAUGAUAGUUAAUGGACGCAGGCUGUGCAGCUGCAGUGGCUCAACACUUCAGUCUUUAUGGUCACGACAGUCGUGUCUUGAAAGUCUAGGGACACUGAAUCGUGACUUGCAUCUUAGUGAAAAAGACAGCAGUCCGUACUUGUUGAUUUCUGUAGGGAAGUUUUGUCGUCGUCAAGACUACACGAGCGGUUAGCUUUCACCCUUUCCGUGUAUCUCUUGUGUGCAAUAAUCGAUGCGUCGAUUUAGUUUCGUUGUGCCGUAGGUUGUUUAAUGCUACGUGUGCAGCCGCUAGGAGGAGAGAUUGCGUGGACGCGAAUGAUGCGACAGAUAUUUCCGGAUUCUCCUGCUUACUGAAACUUACUCAGGUUAUUGGUCUGUGGUGAAAUAUGGCAAGCAGGCAAUGAGAGCUGGGCCAUCCGUUUUGUCUGCAAGAAUGGAGUCAGCGUCUCGUGAGCUGUAGCUAGCUUGAAUUUCAAUCACACAUGCUGUCGUUUUCACUGCAGUUAAAACAGCUGGUUUCCACCUCAGAGAAAUGCAAGAUCUAUCCACAUUGCAGUGGCGUGUCUGCCAUUCGACGGUGUAAAAUAGUUCGACUUGCUGUUUUCCGUUCAAAGUGCAUUCUUUCUCAGCGGGUGAAAGCAUUCUCCACAAGGCGAAAUGAAACUUGUUGCUACCUAAAACAUUACCUUUGAUAAUCGCUAGAAUGAUCAGCAGUGGUCUCAUAAACUUUGCUAAUAUGUUCAAGUUUAUGAAAUUAAAUCACUUUGCAAACGUA